AUGCUAAAGAAGAAGAAGAACAUCAGAACUUUGGACAAUCUGAGGCCGAUAAGUCUGCUAGGACCAAUUUACAAAUUGAUCUCUAAGGCUAUCAAUCGGAGGCUUAUCAAUAGUACCAGCCAGUACAUCAGCUCAGAACAAGCUGCAUUCAGGAAGGGAUGGUCAACCGUUGAUUACUUAGCAAGUAUAAACCUGCUGAUAGAGAAGGCAAACGAAUAGAGAAGGCCGAUGAUAGUAGUUUUCAUCGACUGCACAAAAGCCUUCGACACUGUAGAGCACGAAGCUAUCUGGAAAGCGCUUGAAGAGGCUGGAGCUGAUCACAAAACAAUAAAAAUGAUUAGGAUACUGUACCAAAACGCAAAGUCCUAUGUACAAAUAGGAAAAGAGAAGGCUGAAUACAAAGUUCACCGUGGAGUACGUCAAGGAGACGUUAUGUCACCCACCAUUUUCAACUUAGUGAUGCAGAUGGCUCUAAACCAGAUAGUAUGGUCUGGAGGUAUCGAACUGGAGGAUGGAGGAAGGAGGUUAAAUCACCAAAUGAUGUAGCCGAGGCUGAAGCAAACCUGGAGAAAGUGGAGAAGAAACUGAGAGAAAUGGGACUAGAACUGAAUAAAAAGAAGACGAAAUGGAUGGGCAGUACAGGAAUAGACCGAGACCAAUCUCUAGGUCUUGGAGGUGAGUCUAUCGAAAGAGUGGCUGCCUUUAUAUACCUCGGUUCAGAGAUCAGUUUCCCAAGGAAUCCAGAAUCCGAAGUGGGAGCACGAGCAAGAAUGGCAUGGUCAACUUUCUAA